CAUCCCCUUACAUAACACCACACCUCACCGUCCAACUGACCCGACCUGCUGUGUCAGCAUCAUCGCGUGUCGUCCUGCUUGAUCCAUUCACCGAAGAGAUCAGAAAUCUCCCGCCUGCUGCCUCGCAUCUGACAGGCAUUCCCCUCACGCUCGAGUCCUCCUCCGCCCGAACACCACCCUCCCUUCCACAACACCGCCAGUAGUGAAACCAAACACAAACUCACACACGCACAAUGGCCGCUGCACCUCCACUCCCCACCACCCGCCUCCGCCAAAUCUGCACCACCGCCUGCGACGCCGCCGUCUCCACCGCCUCCGUCUACGAACACGCCCAAACCGCAACCUGGAACCAGACCAUCAUCAACAACAUCCUGCAAUCCCUGAUGUCCGAGUCCGCCGUGGGAGACGAGCCGCCCGCUUACAAAUUCAUCGUGUCCGCGACCAUCAUCCAACACUUGAGCGAUCCUCGAGCGGGUGCUGCGGAGACUGUGGCGGUGGAGGGAGACAAGAAGGUCGGCAGGAGGGGGAUGCAUAGUGCUAGUGGGGCGUUUUGGAAUAAUGAGAAGGAUGGCAUGUGGAGUUAUAAGUAUGGUGGGGGAGAGGGGAAGGGGAUGGAUAUUGUCGUGUCGGUGAUGUGGGUUGCUGUUUGA